UCAGCUCGGGAUUGUGCGGAAAAUCGUAACACAGGGAAACACCUAAACAGCCCCGCCAGUCCAGAAGCUUGGUGAUAACAAGCGGCGCUACAGAAGCAACAGAACACUCCAUCAGCUGGAAAAGGAAACCUGGAAGGGGCUGGAAAGGAGCGGAACGAAAACAAACAUCGGCCCAUCGAUCUGCCUUUACACGGAAGCCGAAAAACCGCACCCUACGCUUUCCUCGGGCUCAUUCUAGGGAUCGCUACUUUCCACCGACGUUAAUAAAUACUGGUCCCACCAAGAGAGUGCCUGCUGCACGACGUCACCAUGCCUGUGGAAGAGGAACGGAACGUUAUACCGGAUCUACCCCGAGGACCGCUCUGCACGUAUCGUUCGAAGGCUAAAUUCAAUUGGAAGGACUUUCGUCUAGUGCUAGAAGAUAAGGAUCUAAUCAAAAUCAAGUACGACAUAUGGCGCCGGUUAGAGUCAGAACCACUGUUUGCACCGGUGACCUCCACGCUGUCGGCCGACCAGCAGAAGGAACGCGCAGCCCGGCAGGUCAACCGGAUAGCCGAUCUCGAGCUCGCACCUCCGGAAAUUUACUCGAAACCGUACCAGUACCGGGUACGCUAUCUGAUGAGUAUCAACGAGGCACUACAUGCCGUCUGUCCAAGCCUGUCGGUGAAGAUAGCGCUAGGCGUCGGUCUGUUCACGAACGCCCUGCUGGCGAUGGGCACCGAACGCCAUCAGGACUUCUACAACAAGGCGUGGAACCGGGAAGUCAUCACCUGCCUCGCGAUCACCGAAGUGUCACACGGCAGCAAUACGAAACGAUGCCGCACGACGGCGACGUAUGAUCCGAGCACGCAAGAGUUUAUCAUUCACACGCCCGAUUUCGAAGCGGCCAAGUGCUGGGUCGGUAAUCUUGGCAAGACCGCCUCGGUGGCGCUACUCUUUGCCAUUCUGUACACGGCCGAUGGCGAGAACCAUGGAUUGCAAGGGUUUCUCGUGCCAAUCCGGGAUCCGAAAACACUGCUUCCCUACCCGGGGGUGACGGUGGGCGAUAUUGGCGAGAAGAUCGGGCUGAAUGGCAUCGACAAUGGGUUCGUGAUGUUCAACAAUUACCGUAUACCGCGCGAGAACCUUUUAAACCGCACCGGUGACGUUACGCCCGAUGGUACGUAUGAGAGUACGUUCAGUGAGCCCGGCAAAAUCCUGGGCGCCGUGCUCGAAUCCUUCUCAGCCGGGCGGCUCGGGAUCAUGCAAGAGUCUUCAAAUACGCUGUCGCACGCGGCAGUCAUUGCGGUGCGGUAUGCGGCGCUUAGAAAACAGUUUGGCACCGAUCGCGAUGGUCCUGAGCAGUCAAUCAUCGAGUACCAGCUACACCAAUGGCGCAUAUUCCCGUACCUGGCUGCCGCCUGCGUUCUGAAAGUGUCAGUAUUCGCCAUGACGGAAACGUAUCUGAAGACGGUGCAAAAAUCGCAAGCCGAAUCGAACGGGUUCGAGCUGCUGACGCAGAUCGUGUCUGAGGUUCACGCCCUUGUGUCCUCCUCUAAACCGCUCGUCACGUGGACGGCCCGUGAUGCGAUACAGGAAUCACGGGAAGCCUGUGGCGGUCACGGGUACCUUCGGUCGGCCAAUCUCGGUGAGCUACGCAACAACCACGAUCCCAGUUGCACUUACGAGGGCGACAACAAUGUGCUCGGGCAGCAAGCCUCCAACUGGCUCGUGCGCCAGUGGAAGAACGCCAAGGUUGAAAGUCCGGUCGGUACGGCCACCUUUAUCGAACGUCGCGAGCAGAUCCUGCGGACGGACUUCGAGACGCUGCAACGAUUGGGGAUUUCGGUGGAAAGUUCCCAAUUCAUGCAGCAGUGUUUUGAAUGGUUAAUGUGCUGGCUGCUGCAGCAAAGUGUUACGCAGAUGGACACUGCAAGUAAGGCCGGUAUGGAUACUUUCACGGCACGCAACAACUGCCAGGUGUAUCGGGCCCGAGAUCUAAGCCGCGCUUAUGCCGAGUAUUACGCUCUCGAGAGUUUUCGGACACGUUGUGCCCGAAACGACGUUGACGAGAAAUUGCGGCCGGUCCUGUUCAACGUUUACCUUCUAUACGGCUACUGGUGCCUCGAUCGACACCUGACUACAUUCUACGCCGGAUCGUUUGCCCACGGACCGGCGUUCGGCGAAGCUGUUCGCGGUGCUCUGUUGAAGGCGUGCGACGAGCUGAAGGAUUCGGCCGUUGCAAUCUCUGACGCUCUGGCUCCCCCCGAUUGGGUACUCAACUCGGUAAUCGCCAAGUCCGAUGGUCGGCUGUACGAGAACAUACAGAUGGUAUUUAUGACGAAUCCGGGAGCAAUGGAACGGGCCGCCUGGUGGAAGGAUGUCAUACCGACCAGGCCGCGGAGUAAGUUGUAAAAGGAACCCUUAACGUUUAACCGGAAUUCGAACAACAGGGUAAAUACGCUACGGGUUUUAAAAUGUUUUUCUUUAUGCUACGUUUCGUUUUAUGCUCGUAAAAGUGCUAGCGUAAUCGUAUAGUGCAAUGAUAGCUACCAUUACGGUGUCUACCCACCCGUCCCUCGGCCGAUUGUGGCGCACAUUCAGAAGUAGAAGCAUACCUGGGGAACCGUGUUUCAUGUUAAGCGUGUCGUGUAUGUAUGAGUGUUUAUCGAAAAAUGUGUUAAACUAUUUUGGCCGUGAAUGAGCAAACAACCGGUGGGUUAAGAGUAGCUGAGUCUAAAUUUCAAGUUCUGGUUCUGGCAAUAGAACAGUGUGUGUCUGCACAUUGCCUUUUCGCGUUUUAUUAUCAGUUCAAUCAUUAUUUCCCCAUUUCUUCUUCGAACUACUGUAUGUUCUCCAGUAUGGGCGCCUUCUUUACGGAAGGUUGUAUAAUAAUCUCUUUCAUCGUGUCUCGCGAUCAUCGUUAGGUAAAUGAAUGUUCAAGCGCCGUGUGCUCGUGGCGAACAUUGACAGGACAAAUCAAUUCGUGACAAGAAAAAUGUGUCUUAUCUAUAUACCUUUUUACGAACUCCAGAUCAAAAUGUUUAAUACACUUCGAUACUUCAACCUAUCUAGAAAUGGACCAAAUGUGAGAAAGGUAAAGAAUCGCGAGAAUAGAGUGCCCAAUGUUCGAAAAUAGAGAAAGAAAAUCUUUCUAACUAGUUAACGUGGAUUGAAAAAGCACGAUCAGAGUCAUCCUGUAGUUUUGUGUGGAAAAUUAGUUAAGUUUUUUAAAUUCCAUGAAUUCGAACCGAUUAAAGCACGGUUCGUGCGUUGCCAAACUGGUAACGAAGUUGGUGAAACGAUCGGUCUCUUAUUUUGGCAACUUGUUAUCACGAUACUCUAUAGUGCUAGAUCGUGUUUUUGAUGUUUCGCAAGCCACCACAAGGCGCUUUAGUCAACGGUAAAUAGGUGUUUAGUGUACGAAACCACGCUACGAUAAUAAGAAUCCCUCUCAUGAGCUUAGCGGACUAGCGUUUCCUUCUAUACGUAAUCUAAUUUAUCUCUUUCUUUCUACAAAGUCAUCGUUAACGGUUAAUUGAAAAUGUAAUGAAGAAUCUGAUCGGGUCAUAGGAAUAAAUUGUUGAUUUUUUAAAUAUAUUUCUCACGUGACGGAAGCGGACUAGAAAAUCGGCAUAACUUUUACCCAUUUUCAGACCCCUUCUCGGUUGCUCGUUCUCGCAGUGGUGAGUUAAUAGAUGUGUAUUGUGGAUGUGACCUCUUCACUGUCGCUAGGAGCAUACAAAUAUCAGCUAAGCAGAACUGGAAAAGUGAGCUGUCUGUUUAAACAAUUGUUUACUUAAGCAGAAAAACGGAUGUAUAAAAAUAUGUAUCUAUAUACACCCUUUACAUAUAUACACGAAAUGAAGCAAGUAUACAGAUAGGGUCGCGUUUCUUGGAUGGACGCGUAUCCUCAAAGAACACUCGGAUGCCGUUGGAGUUUCGGCAGAAGUUUAAUG